AUGGAGUCCCAACCCUCUUCCAAAACCCUGCACAACCGCAUCAACACGAACAUCUCCCAACUCCUCCAGCGCUUCGAGAACAUCAUGGCCACAGCCACGACCGAAAGCACAAGUCACACCUCGACGGCCGUCGAAACCUACCAACUCGACGUCGAAUCCACUGCCUUGGUCCGCGCAGCAGAAGAUAUCCUCGCGCUUACGCGGGUGAUGAAGGAGACGUGGCUGUUCGGGAAGCUGGAUACGUUGGGGGAGGACGAGGCGGAGGUGAAGCGGCGGGAGGAAUUGGAGCGGGAUGCGGGGGCGAUUCAGCGGGCGAUUGAGGAGGGGGGACUUUUGAAGGCUGCUAAAUAG